GUACCAUUUCGGACGAAAAGAUGGCAGCCUUGUUAAACCAUGUGUGGACUCUUAAAACUUGCUCCAAAUUUAUCCGCAGAUCAACUACUUUCUUGAAUACUGUGAAUAUAUUUCUAAGACCAGAAGUACAAAGAUGUUUUCAUCAAUUGAGUGCUGUUCAAAGAAAUUCAUAUUGUUUAAAAGAUGUCCGGAUUCAAUUAUCACAGAGAGAGAGAGAGAAAAUACAGUUGUCUUGUGUUAGCUUAAUAGCUGUGAGAUAUGAUUCGACCUCAUCAAACCAAGUGUCAAAUGGAAAAGUAGAUUAUUUACCUGAACCACCUCAAGUACCAGAACCACAACAACUUGUUGAAGCUCUUAAUUCUUUGGGUGAAGCAUCUUUAGCAAGCCAGGGAUUAGGAGGCUGGUAUCCACCAGGAUUAGUACAACAGUGUUUAGAUGUUAUUCAUUGUACAUUCAACCUUCCUUGGUGGACUACAAUUAUAGUAUUUACUGUUAUGCUUAGAACAGUUAUGUUCCCAGUUGUUGUCAAAGCACGAAAGAAUGCAAUUAACUUACAUAAUCAUAUGCCUACAAUGACAAAGCUCCAACAAAGAUUUACAGAUGCUCGAUCAAGUGCAGAUCCAAUGGAAGCUGCAAAGGCAGGGCACGAAUUGGCAACCUUUAUGCAAAGAAACAAUAUAAAUCCAGUGAAAAGUUUUAUGAUUCCAAUGAUACAGAUGCCAGUAUUCUUAUCCAUGUUUUUUGCUUUACGUCAGAUGUCAACAUUACCAAUUGAAGGCUUUAAAGAUGGUGGCAUAUUUUGGUUCACAGAUUUAAGUAUACCUGAUCCUGUAUAUUGUCUACCAAUGCUAACAGUAGCCACUCUUGCUGCUACUAUUGAGAUGGGUGCUGAUGGUAUAAAAGCCAAUUCAAUGGGUCAUAAUAUUAAAUGGUUUAUGAGAGCAUUACCUAUAGUUAUGUUUCCAAUCAUAUUUAAUUUCCCUGCUACUGAGACAAUUUCCUUUCGAACUGGUAUGGAGAUGUAAUUCAAAUUUAUUAUCAUCGCAGAGAUGUUUUGCAAAUAAAGGGGACAAAGCAAUGUUGUGCUACUGGUUCACAUCAAAUACCUUUUCACUUGUACAAGUUGCUUUUUUAAAAAUACCUGCUGUUCAAACUUAUUUUAAUUUGGGGACAAUGGUUCAACAUCCACAAAGUGCAAUUCCUAAGAAAGCGUUUGUUGAUGGAUUCAAGGAGUCCUGGAACAAUGCAAAAAUGGCGCAAGCUCUUGAGCAAAGACAGAGACUUGAUGAUGUCAGAUUCAAGGAGGCUGGUCAAGGCCCACUACAAAAAACAUAUUUAUAUGAUCCAACUAAAAGCAAAAAGAAAUCUAUUAGCCCACCAUAGCUUAUAUCAGAGCCACAGCUUAUAAUUGUUGCCGUAACUGUUUUUCUGUGGACAUAUAUUGUUGUUGCCGUUGUCCAUCCACAGUUUUUUUUUUUUGACACUCUACAAGUCACAAUUUUUAUCCAAUUUUGAUACACAUUGAAAUAUAGGUUUAUCUCGCUGAUUGUACAAAGAAUCGCGUUUUUGGCUUGUGGACCCUCUAGAGGUCAUAAUUUUUAUCUGAUUUUGUAGGUCAGUUUUGUCCCGAUUUUCAUGGUAUGCAAAUAGUGUAAAGGUAUGUAAUAUCAUGGUUGUGGAUCUCUAGUUGUCACAACUUUUAUCAGAUUUUGAUGAAACGUAAAAUAUAUGGUUAUCUCCCAAAGAUCUUAGUUCCUUUUGAUAUUCGUGCAUAUCCUACCGUAACUUCCUGGAUUAUAGCCGCUGAUUGUAAGAAAAAUCACAUUUUUAGCUUGUGGACCACUAGACAGGGCUGGAUUAACAACGGGGCAUGAUGCUGACCAGGGAAAAGCGAUGUAAUCAUGGUCGGACGGAUGAAUACAUCUGCUAGUGGAAGUGAUGGGGCCCCCAUCGGAUCUUUUAAAAGUGCUUGACAGUGGGGUCCCUUCCAUCAAUUGUGAGCUCGUCCCAGACCCUCUGUACGUUGAAGUUCUGGGUGACCAAGAUUUUGAAACAUGAUAACUCUCCUUCUAAUUGAGGUAGAAUGUUCAAACUUGAUGUAGGUGUCUAUUACGUGAAUGUCUGGACAUAAUUUGUUCAUGUUAUCUAAAUUAUUAAUUAGACAUUAAUUAACCUAUCCAGACAAUAAUGAACUCUAGAUGGCAUCGCUAGCCUGCGAUCUUUAAUGGAUUGUGAGUCAAUUUACUGCAUAACUUUCCUUCACGAUUUAACGAUUAAAUGGAUAAUCGAGACUAUGCUGUUUAUCGUACUGACUUUAGUAAUGAUGAUCAAGGCUAGACGGAAAUUCAAUCGCUUUGUUCUCGGUUCAUAGUGGAUCGAUUUGAAUGAAAUUUUCAGCAAAUUGCCUUUACAUUAUCUAGUUUUUAACUAUUAUAGUAAGAACUGCCAACUCGUUAUCGAAUCUCCCAUAAUGUAUCUUUAAACAUGCAUUAUGCAAGAGCUAAAUCUGCCUAUCGCAGGUCUUUCUUUAGGCCUGAAAUCUUAUCUACAUUAUUAAUUAGACAUUAAUUAACUUAUCGAGACCAUAAUCAACUCUCGAUGUCAAGGCUAGCCUUCGAUAUUGACUGGAUUACAAUCCUAUAUGCUGCAAAUGCUAAUUGAUAAUUAAAUCAAAACAAUGGAUAAUCGAGACUAUGCUUUUUAACGUACUAACUUUAGUAAUGAUGAAUGAGGCUAGGCGGAAAUUUACAAAGCUGAUAUCUGGGUUCAUAGUGGAUCAAUUUGACUGAAAUUUUCAACAAAUUACCUUUACAUUAUCUAGUUUUUAACUAUUAUAGCGAGAACUGUCAGCUCUUUAUCUAAUCUCCCAUAAUGUAUCUUUAAGUGAGGAUGAUGUAACUUGGUGUAUAGUUUUAUUACAUCAAUACCUUGACUAAGUUCGAUAAUGAACAUUUUCAGCUCAGGGUAAGCAAAGCAAUAAGCAGUUUGAUUGGUCGAGACUUUGGAACACAAUAACUCUCAUUCUAAUUGAGCUAGAAUGUUAACACUUGGCGUAGGUGUUUACUAGGUGCAUGCCUUGGUGGAGUUCAAAGAUGAGAAUUUUCUGCUUAGGGUAAGCAGAGAUAAGCAAUUUGAUUGGUUGGUGCUUUGGUACACAAUAACUUGGUGUAUAGUUUUAUCACAUCAAUACCUUAAACAUACAUUAUGCAAGAGCUAAAUCUGAUUAUUGCAAGUCUUUAUUUAGGCUUCAGAUGUCAUAGAAAUUAUAAAUUAGAUCUUUAUUUACACAACAAGCAUAAAAUCAACUCUGUAGACCCACGGAUGGCUUGGAUUCGGCUUGGGUUUAAACAGGAUUUCAUUGAUUGAUUAAAUUUUUAAAUGGCGUCGUAAGGGGAGAUUAACCGUUACGUUGACGUCAUACUGCCGGAAAUUUUAGAUCGAGGCUAAAUUAUAUAGUGUACAAAGCGAGGCCGCUGAUGAGCAAGGUCGCAUGUCAGUCAAUUUGAUUGAAAGUUCGAUAUAUAUACGGCCUUGAUAUUAUGUUUAGUUGUGGUUAAAAUGGGAGUUUGGAUGUCGGUAUUAUACGCUCUUUUGUCACUUGUGUUUACAGAAAAACUAUGGAAAUUGAUAAACAUCGCAGCUAACAUUACCCCAGUUGAAUUGCAGCCCCAUUGGAUCACUGUUUCCUAUUUGUCUGCUUCGGGAGUUACGUAGGCCUACCAGUUACAGUACAAGAGUACACGCAGGCUAACAAGAAGUCGGUUAUAAUUAUGCCUCAUUGAUUUGGUCCAUUCCUUUCAAACUUUUGCUUCUUAUCUAUAUAUUAAAAAUCUUAUUUUUAAUUUGUACAGAGUUCGUACACUAAAAUGUGAAUGAAAUUCCAUGACUUUCCAGGACCAAAAAGGGCAUUUUCCAGGACCAAAAUUAGAGCAUUGCACUGAAGUUUGUCUAUGCAUGUUUACUGAAUUAAAUCUGCACGAAUAAGCUAAUCUACAUCGUCAUGCAAAGAAAUCAACUUCUUGCAAAUUAUGAAACUUUUCUUAAUACCAAUAUUCACUUAAAUUACCAAAUAAAAGUCGGGCUACAAUCUCUGUGAUGAAUGUUAUCUUAAAGCAUCAAGUACUUUAAACAAAGUUCAAUUAUGAUUGGUAUUUCCUACUUUCGGUUUUAGUGCCAAAACUAUCACAAUGUGAACUAGAACUUUCUGUUGAAAUUUCAGUUGUACUACCCCCUGUUUGACCCGAAAAUGAGGCAAAAAACUGACCAAUAGGGGUCGUGUGGCUUUUUACUUACAGCUGCUUCCCUCAUAUUAGAUAUAUCAAAAGACUUCUGACAUGCGCAACAUCGGGCUUUUCGUGAAUUAGUUUUGUCACGCAUCAACCAUGAACAGGAAUCAGUUUUUGUCAUCUAACAGUCUUGAAAUGUACAUUUACCGGGAAUUUUAAUAUUGUUGUAGUUAGUUGGGUAUAACAAAGAGAAUUCAUCAUGCUAUUCGAAAGCAAAAACACAACUAGUUGAACUAGUAACUGAAAGGGAGAUAAUUCAGCCAAGUCUGCGUGACUGCUACAGGACGUAGUCCAGAUUAUCAAGCCAAAAAAUUGUCAAGCCAAUGACUGUUGCGUCUGAAAAAAAAAAACUACGAAAGUUUGUCUACUCUUGCAUCUAUUUUUCUUUACCGUGCUUUUCAUUCGUAUAAGUUUUACAAAUUGAAUAAAUGGGAUCAAAUUUCGGAGAAAGGGUGAUUACUGGACGGAGGUGAAAAUUUCAUGAUUUUCCAUGAUAAAAUACUCAUAUUCCAGGUUUUCCAGGUGGAAUUCCAUGACUUUCCAGGUUUUCCAGGAAGCGUACGAACCCUGUUUGUAGUAAAAAUAAAUGUGAUACGAAUUGAAUUGCAACCCCGUCUCAAACCGAAUAGGCUAACGGUACCACAGCCAUUGAAAACGUUACUUGAUAAUUGAGAUUAUGUAGGUGGAGUUAACGCCUGUCAAUCAAACGAUCGGCCAUUCUGAGAGAGUUGACUCCUAUUUCUAGUCAAAAAUUACAAACAAUGGUGAUAACUUUGUUCAGAAUAAAGUAAUUUGAAUGAAAUUUUCAAUAUAUUCGUCUUUCAUCAUCUAUUUUUGAACUGUUAUAGCAAAAAUGGCCAACUCUCUAUUAAAUUCUUCCAUAAUGUAUACUAUUCAAAAAAAGUAGGGGAUAUUUGAUUUUUAAGUGUUAUUAAAGUCACCUAAUGAAACUGAUGAAGAAACAAAUGACAAAAUGAAAUGAAGUUCACAUUCAUCAAUUUAUUCCAAAUGAUCGUUAGACUAAGUAAGGCACAGACUGACCAUUAUAAGGGUAAAAUGAUACCCGGGGUCAAACAGCAAAGUUACCACAGCAUCACAACCAAGUCAGUAACGGGUAAAUCCUCCUCUGUUUGCCAAACAAGCAUUGAUCCGACGUGGCAUACUCCUAAUGAGACGUCUAAGGUCAUUUUGGUCCAGAUUGUCCCAUUCCUGUUGCAACGCAGCAGCAAGUUCUUGGACAUUGGCAAGACGUUGUUGACGUUGACGUAACCUCUGUCCAAGCAUGUCCCAGACAUGCUCGAUGGGGGAGAGGUCGGGACUCAGUGCUGGCCAAGGUAAUGUGGUGAUGUUCUGUUGUUGGAGGUAACCUGUAACGAUCCUGGCCCUGUGACAUCUUGCGUUGUCAUCCUGGACGAUGAAACGGCGGCCAUGACGUCGUGCGAACGGCACAACAUGGACUGCCAAGAUGUUGUCCCGGUAGUACUGGCCUGUAACACGGCCUGCAACAACAUGUAAAGCCGUUCUUCCAGCAACAGUGAUGCCUCCCCACACCAUAACAGAACCACCCCCAAAUCGAUCAUGUCUGAUGACGUUAACGUCUUGGAAGCGCUCGUUUCGACGAUGCCACACCCUCCUACGUCUGUCCAAAAAAUCAACAGUGAACCUUGACUCAUCUGAAAACAUCACAUUGCUCCAGCGUCGAUUAUCCCAGUGUUGACGAUCCCUACACCAACGACGUCUUGCCUGAAUGUGAUGAUCUCUCAAACAAGGGAUCACGCGAGGACGUCGGGCGCGAAGGUGACCCCUAUGCAGUCGAUUCCGAAUCGUCUGGCCACUCACUCUCACACCAGUGUCUGUUUGAAGACGAGCGCUGAUCUGAUUUGCUGUGAUGACACGAUUUCUCAAGGCCAAGGUACGGAUAAAUCGAUCCUGGGCUUGAGUUGUCGCCCUUGGUCGACCUGAGCGUGGUCUGUCCUGUACAGAUUGUGUAUCACGGUAUCUGGACCAUAGCCUGCUUAUGACAGACUGAGAAACAUUCAUCGUCCGCGCCACAACCGCCUGUGUUGUGCCGAUCUGUAGCAUGCCAAGGGCACGUAACCUUUCAUUUUGGGUAAGCCGACGCAUAUCAAAAUUUGUUUUCUGGUCACUAAAACAAUUAAACUGAUGUUUCCACCCUGGAAUUCAAUGCCACAAUGACUGUAACAUUCAAAGUCAGAGUCGUGCAAAUCUUGGGUUGGACCCCCAUGAUGAUCCCAAGCAUCACCUGCAUUCCAUGCGGUAGCUAUUGGUGCGUUUGGGCGUCACAUGUAACUGGAAAUGUUUCUUCUGUUAGGUUCUAUAGUGACUUUUUUCGUAGUCAUUUGCAUAUUUUAGUAUUAUGCCCCCAAAAUCAAAUAUCCCCUACUUUUUUUGAAUAGUAUAUCUUUAACUAAGUUCGAUAAUAAACAUUUUCUGCUGAGGGUAAGCAGAGUGAUAAGCAAUUUAAUUGGUUGAGACUUUGGAACACAAUAACUCUCCUAAUUGGGGUAGAAUGUUCAAACUUGGUGUAGUCGUUCAUUAGGUGAAUGCUUUUAUGGAGUUUGAUGAUGAACAUUGUCUGCUUAUGGUAAGCAGAGAUAAGCUAUCUGAUUUAUUGAUGCUUUGGGACAAUAUAACUUUGCUUAUGAUUAAGUAAGAGCAAUGAAACUCCAAGUAUAGAUUCUUUAUAUCACUACCUUGACUAAGUUCAGUGAGGAGCCAUAAGCAAUUUGAUUGGUCAAGACUUUGGAACAUAACAACUCUGCUUUUAAUUGACUUAGAAUGUUUCAAGAUAGGUUCCCAGAAAAGUAUUUAUCGGGUGGUUAUUUCCAAUAAAAGUAUGGCAAUUUUGGUAUAUAUGGAAAGUAGAGAUAUCCAAUUUUAUUAGAAAAAUACUGGAUUCCCUGAAAAACACUCAUGGAGCGUAUACAGGACAAAAAUGUCAGGGUUCCCCGAAUUGACAGCCCAACGAUUAGUAAUAUCUGCACGUGUGACGUCAAAGGUUGCACACGGAGAUUGAGCGCUUGAUGUACAUGUUGAUAAACUUUAUGAAGAGUUAGACGUACAACACUUUCUGAGAUAAAAAUCACAGAAAAAGACGUGGGCAGUGGAUAAUCCUAAAUUUAAUUAGGAUUCGAUAUUUGUAAUAAAUAGUCAGCGAUUAAAGACAACAUCGUCUUGUGUAUGCGAUGAAUUCUUCUCCGACUUCGAACCCAUGAGUCACGUGACACAAACAUGACCUCUUUUGAUCGAUUUUUUAUAGCAAGGGUAUUCCUUGACAAUUACAAUGUUUUGAGAAGGAUUUGAAGCAAAUUUUUAGGCCAAAUACAUCAUCAAAUCACCCAGUUUGUACGCGGAAAUGUAUUUUUAAACUUGAUGUAGAUGUUCAUUAGGUGAAUGUCUUGACUGAGUUCAGUGAUUAACAUUUCGAGCUAAAGCUAAGCAGAGCUGAGCAAUUUCAUUGGUCGAUGCUUUGGGACAAGAUAACUUUGAUUCUAUCUGAUAAAGAGUGAUGUAACUUGGUGUAUAGCUGAUAAUCAGUUUGAUUGAUCGAUACUUUUGAAAAAAAUAAAUGUGCGAUUAAUAAUUAUGCGUCAUCUAUUUAUUUUGGCAUUUCAGCAAGGGACAUCAGCCUCACUGUUGGCCUGUUAAUCCUAAUUGGUCGUCAUUAUUGUUCUCCCCCUUUGGAAUAAAGCAGGGGACUAUUAAAAUGGGUUCGUUCGUCCAUCUGCCUGCAUGUCCGUCACACUUUUUGGGACACAAUUACUCUCUUUCUAAUUGAGCUAGAAUGUUUAAUCUUGGUGUAGGUGUUUAUUAGGUCAAUGCCUUGAUGGAGUUCGAAGAUGAGGAUUUUCUGCUUAGGGUAAGCAGCGAUAAGCAAUUUGAUUGGCUGAUGCUUUGGGACACGAUAACUUUAGUUCUAAUUAAGUGAGAGGGAUGAAACUUAGUGUAUAGUUUCAUUACAUCAAUACCUUGACUAAGUUCGAUAAUGAGCAUUAUCUGCCCAGGACUUUGGAACACAAUAACUCUCCUUCUAAUUGAGCUAGAAGGUUCAAACAUGGUGUAGGUGUUUAUAGGUCAAUGCCUUGAUGGAGUUCGAAGAUGAGCAUUUUCUGCUUUGGCUAAGAGGAGGUAAGCAAUUUGAUUGGUUGAUGCUUUGGGACACGAUAACUUUAGUUCUAAUUAAGUGAGCCUGAUGAAAUUUGGUGAAAAGUUUUAUUACAUCAAUACCUUGACUAGGUUCAAUAAUGAGCAUCUUCUGCUCGGGUAAGCAGAGCGAUAAGCAGUUUGAUUGGUCAAGACUUCGGAACAUAACAACUCUGCUUUUAAUUGAGGUAGAAUGUUUAAACUUGAUGUAGAUGUUCAUUAGGUGAAUGUCUUGACUGAGUUCAAUGAUUAACAUUUCGAGCUAAAGCUAAGCAGAAGCUAUACAAUUUUAUUGGUUGAUGCUUGGAACAAGAUUCUAUUAGGGAGAAGAGCUUUGUAAGUGAAUUCACUUUGAUGAUUUAUGAUCAAUAAAAUAUGUUUAAAUUAAAUUUAAAUUAAAUAGCUAGAGUGAUUAAACUUAGUGUAUAGUUGAUAAUCAGUUUGAUUGCUUCAUACUUUUGAAAAAAUAAAUGUGCUAUUAAUUAAUAUGUGUCAUCUAUUUAUUUUGGGAUUUCGGCGGGGGACAUCAGCCUCACUGUUGGCUUUUUCAUCUUUGUUUAUAAUAAUGCAUGAAUUAUGGGAUUUAUUUCGGGAAGAGACUUAACUCUUUCUUGACUUGGCCAAAUAUACUGGAUAAUCAACCACAUACAAAAUCAAACUUCUGGUUACGCAUGGGCAAUGGAACUUUUCGUCAAAUAUUUACAACAGUCCCAGACCCUCCAAUCGUUAAAGAUUAGGCGGUUCUGGGUGACCGAGGCUAUCUACGUUCUAGUCACUUGUGUUAGGUCUCAAAGUCCCAGUGCCCAACAAUGCCUCUAGGAAGUCUCAUUUUUUAUCCGAUUUUAAAAACUGUUCAUAUAUAUCACUGUUACACCAUAAUGAUGGUGGAAUUCAAAUUUGGUGAAAGUCUCACCGAAACUGCAAGACAAAAAGCACACUUAACGUAAGCAAAUAUUGUAAAAAGUAUGUUAUACCAAGAUUGUUGCCCCUCAAGAGGUCGCAGGUUUUAGCCGAUUUUGAUGAAACUUGAAGUGUAUGUUUAGAACCCAAAGAUCUCGGUUCAUUACGAUAUUCGUACAUAUCGGAAUGUAACUUCAUGGAUUUGGGCCUUUGGGUUUUUUUAUAAAAAAAAGUUAAAUAUAUCACCGUUACACCAUAGUGACAGAUGUUUCCGAAUUUCCUAAAAGUCUGACCGAAACUGAAAGUCAAUUAAAGUAAAGGUAUGUAAUACCACGGUUGUGGGCCCUCUAGAAUUCACAAUUUUUAUCCGAUUUUGAUGAAACUUAUAAAAUAUAUGUUAACAUCCCAAAGAUCUCAGUUCCUUUCGACAUUCGCGUAUAUGGUAUAUCGGAUUCCUGUGGAAUACUGAUUGUACGAAAAAUCCAGUUUUUAGUCUGUGGAUCCUCUAGAGGUCACAAUAUUUAUCCGUUUAAAAUAAAUCGAAAAAAAACGUUUAAAUAUAUAUCACCUUUAAAGCUGAGUUCAAAAAUUGUGAACAGUUCUAAAAAAUGUCCGCUCCCCGUAUGCAAAUAGUGUAAAAGCAUGUAAUACCAAGGUUGUGGACCCUCUAGAGGUCACAGUUCUUAUCUGAUUGUGAUGAAACUUAAAAAUAUAUUUAUAUCCCAAAGGUCUGAGUUCCUUUCAAUACUUGUGCAUGUCAAACCGUAACGUCCUGGAUUAUGGCUCCUGAUUGUCCGAAAAAUCUCCUUGUCAGCUUCUCUGUCCAUCUCUUGCAAAAUGUGGGCGUAUCUUGCUUGGCAACCACUUGUUUAUAAAGAAUGUAUUUGUUAAUAUAUUAUAUAUCUGUAUAUAUGUGUGGGUGUAGUCCAUUAGAUGAUUCCUACAGUGGGGCCCGACUAAUCACCAGAAUUCACCGGAAUUCAUUUACAAUCACCAGAAUUCACUUUAAAAAAACCUGAUUCCUCCCACAAAACUAAUUUAUUUUAAAUGCAUAAUACAUUAUAAUAUAACGAAUAACUAUUUUGGUCUCUCCACAGGCCAGAUGAAGGUGCUGUAGGUGUAUUUAUUUGAAAGACUAUUGGAAUUCAUUUCAAAUCUAUACAUCAUGAUUAUUAUAACUUUAUGUACGUCGAAUUACCCAAAAACUCCAAAACAACACCCAGUAACUCCAAAAAUGUUGACUGUGGAAACACAAAAUAACAAUUUAGUUGAGUUUAAGAAGCCUCACUGCUUUGGGCCGAAAUCGGAGGUUCAGGAGAAAUAAAUUGUGUAUGAGAUUUUUGUUGACAAGAAACUACCGAAUGUAUACUUUCGUAAUUCGUUGCAAUUCAUUGUAAUGUAUUGUAAUUAGUGAUUGAUUAAUAGUUUAUUAAAACAGUAAUUAUAUGCAAGAAACAUAUUAUGGUAUAUAUAGUGCAAUAAACAAUUCAAUAUUAUAGCUAUAUUUAUUUAUUGUCCCCCGGCCUUUCGAAGAAAGCAGGGGACUAUUAAAAUGGGUUCGUCCGUCUGUCUGCCUGUCUGUCUGUCCGUGACACUUUUUGGGACACAAUAACUCUAUUUCUAAUUGAGCUAGAAUGUUCAAACUUGGUGUAGGUAUUUAUUAGGUCAAUGCCUUGAUGGAGUUCGAAGAUGAGCAUUUUCUGAUUAGGGUAACCAGAGAUAAGCAAUUUGAUUGGUUGAUGCUUUGGGACACGAUAACUCAAGUUUUAAUUAAGUGAGAGUGAUGAAACUUAGUGUAUAGAUUGAUUACAUCAAUACCUUGACAAAGUUCGAUAAUGAGCAUUUUCUGCUCAGGGUAAGCAGAGCGAUAAGCAAUUUGAUUGGCUGAGACUUUGGAACACAUUAACUCUCCUUCUAAUUGAGCUAGAAUGUUCAAACUUGGUGUAGGUGUUUAUUAGGUCAAUGCCUUGAUAGAGUUCGAAGAUGAGCAUUUUCGGCCUAGGGUAAGCAAAGAUAAGCAAUUUGAUUGGUUGAUGCUUUGGGACAUGAUAACUUUGGUUCUAAUUAAGUGAGAGUGAUGAAAUUUGGUGUAUAGUUUUAUUACAAUACCUUGACUAAGUUCGAUAAUGAGCAUUUUCUGCUCAGGGUAAGCAGAUUAAUAAGCAAUUUGAUUGGUUGAGACUUUGGAACACAAUAACUCUCAUUUUAAUUGAGCUGGGAUCACGUGGCUAAGUGGGUAAGACGCUGACUCGCUAGCCUUGAGGUCGGUGUUCGAUCCCUGCAUUGGCCGAGAAAGUUCAUUCAGAUUUUCCGGCGUGGUUUUCCCCUUGUCAGUGAUGCAGGAUGGAGGGCCUGACAAGGACAGCUGUCUAGUCGUUCGGAUGGGACAAAAAACCGGGGUCCCGUGUACACAUUGGCGUGCACGUAAAAGUUCCCGUCUUCAUUAGCCCAGUUUAGGAGCAGAACAGUAGGACGUUAAACCCCAUUUCAUUUCAUUUCAUUUCUAAUUGAGCUAUAAUGUUCACACUUGGCGUAGGUGUUUAUUAGGUGAAUGCCUUUGAUAGAGUUCGAAGAUGAACAUUUUCUGCUUAGGGUAAGCAGAGAUAAGCAAAUUGAUUGGUUGAUGCUUUGGGACACGAUAACUCUAGUUCUAAUUAAGUGAGAGUUGGGACACUUGGUGUAUAGUUUUAUCUCAUCAAUACCUUGAGUAAUAAAUAAGCAUUUUCUGCUUAUGGGUAAGCAGAGCGAUAAACAAUUUGAUUGGUCGAGACUUUGGAACACAACUCUCCUUCUAACUGAGGUAGAAUUUUCAUACUUGGUGUAGGCGUUCAUUCGGUGAAUGCCUUGAUCGAGUUCGAUGAUAAACAUUGUCUGCUUACGGUCAGCAGAGAUAAGCAAUCUGAUUGGUUGAUGCUUUGGGGCACGAUAACUUUUGUUCUAAUUAAGUGAGAGUGAUGAAACUCAUUACCUUGACCAAGUUUGUUAAUGAGAAUUUUCUGCUUAGGCUGAUCGAUAAGCAGUCUGAUUGUUCGAUACUUUGGAACACAAUAACUCUCCUUCUAAUUGAGGUAGAAGAAUGUUCAAACUUUCAUUCUAUCUGAUAGAGAGUGAUGAAACUUAGUGUAUAGUUGAUAAUAAGUUUGAUUGCUUGAUACUUUUGAAAAAAAUAAAUGUGCAAUAAAUGAAUAUGUGUCAUCUGUUUAUUUUGGGAUUUAGGCGGGGGACAUCAGCCUCGCUGUUGGCUUGUUUAUAAUUGCAACUUGGGUUGAUUGUCACUUUCGGCCAUCAACAUCGUAAAUCAAUUUAGAUAAGUAGGGGCCUAUUGCUGACAAUUAAUUGUCUCUGCUCAAAGUUUUCUCAUGUUAUGAUAGUUUAUUGUGUUGUGAUUGUAUAUGAUUUGUCACCUUUUACAAUGACAAUAUUUAAAUUCAAUAUGAUUCGUAAAUCCGAUAUUUUUAUCAUUAAAGGGCUAGACAUAUGUGGAGAAAACUUUGAAAGUCAUCAAAUUUGAGAUGUUUUAAAACAGUUGUGUAGAACCUAUUUGUAAUACAUCAAAAAGCCUUUUUUAUCAGUAUUUCAGUCCUAAUUUUAACUUACAAUAUUAUUUGACUAAAUCCAUACACUGGAAUUCAUUUACAAUCACCGGAAUUCACUUACGAUUACCGGAAUUCACUUUGAAGAUAUCAGAAUUCGCCCAUAUAAUCUUCCUAUCUACUUAUAUUUUCCAUUAAUAUUAAAGAUAGCCAUUCUUGCUAUAACAGUUCAAAAAUAGAUGAUGAAAGAAGAAUAUAUUGAAAAUUUCAGUCAAAUUACGUUAUUCUGAACAUAGUUAUCACCCGUGUAAUUUUUGACUAGAAAUGGGAUUGAAUUCCAUCUUCACCGAUUCUUAGUAUGGCCGAUCGUUUGAUUGACAGGCGUUAACUCCACCUACAUAAUCUCUGCUGUCUUUUGUCUGCUUUCAUCAUAUCCAAAUUUGUGUUUUACCAUUUUGGAUUUUUAUAAGAAUUGGACAAAAUGAGUGAGAGGGUAAAUUUUCAUUCUUACUUGUAUUUUGGGCAUGCAUUAAAUCAACUGAAUAUAGGACAUAAUAUUAUAAUACAAUUAUGAUAAAUCUAUAGGUAUACACCAGUUGUGCGUGCAUAUUGGCAAUUUGGGAAAUAAAAAUAUUUUUAUUGAUAUUAUUAAGACAAAAGACCUGCCUGUCUGUAUUAGUCAUUACACGGUCUCCAGGAAUUGUAUAAUUUGUCAUUAUCUGUGUUUAGUUUAUUGCACUUUAAAUAGUUUAGAUGUCAUUUGUUAAGGAAUCGCUCAACAGCGGCCUCGCUUCGUACACUCUAUCAUUUAGCCUCGAUCCGGGAGUAUGACAUCAACGUAACGGUUAAUCUCCACUCACGACGCCAUUUAAAAUUAAAUCAGUCAACGAAAUCCCGUUUAAAUCCAAGCUGAAUCCAAGCCAUCCGUGGGUCUACAGAGUUGAUUUUGUGCUUGUUGUGUAAAUAAAGAUCUAAUUUAUAAUUUCGAUGACAUCUGAAGCCUAAAUAAAGACUUGCAAUAAUCAGAUUUAGCUCUUGCAUAAUGUAUGUUUAAUAUUGAAUUACUUUAAAACACAUAAAAUCACCGGAAUUCACAUUGAAAUCAUAUAAACACCGAAAUUCACUUUCAACAUAUCGGAAUUCUCACUGAAGACCUUCGAAUUUACUAAUAUAUUACAUUAAUUAUUAAUUACUUUAAAUCACCGGGAUUCACUUUGAAAACGUAUAAACAUCGGAAUUCACUUUCAACAUAUCGGAAAUCGUAGGCCUACUUUAAGACCUUCGUAUUUACUAAUAUUUUAUAUUAAUAAUAAAUUACUUUUAAUCACAUAAAUUCAACGGAAUUCACAUUAAAAACAUAUAAACACCGGAAUUCACUUUCAAAAUAUCAGAAUUCGCACUUAAGACUUUCGUGUUUACAUGGAACUUAUGUAUUAUAAGGUCCAUGUUUUUUACAAAUAUUUUACAUUAAUAAUAAACUACUUUAAAACACCGGAAUUCACUUUGAGAAAAUCGGACAUUGAAAACGUAUAAACACCGGAAUUCACUUUGAAAACAUAUAAACAUCCAAAUUCACUUUCAACAUAUCGGUUGAGAAGGCGCCCCUAUAUCUCCAAGCCACAUACGCUCACACAAGGGAUCGAAACCACAGUCGCAAGCCAGAGGUGACCGACUAGCUAGAGGUCGAAGCGUGGCCUCGAGAAUACUAGGCCCCACCCUCCCCCCAAGUUUAUUCGAAGAUUAUUUUGGUAAUAAUAAGCCUAUCAAAUAAAGUCUCAUCAAUAAUGGUUUGGGCGUUUUCAUAGAUAAUCCGUUGUAGCAUGAAGCAAUCCAGAUUAAAUAAAGUGCAAAAACACUGGGGUCACGCAAUUUUGGCCUAAUCCUUACUGAUUAUUCCUUUAAUCAACACUGACGUGUUUAGUAGUUAUUUAAUAAUUAAUUUGCAGUGGAUAUGAAGUUCAGAUUUAUGUUUAACCUGUUUGUUGACGGGGCGCUUUUGCUGACUGUCUCUAGAAUCAUAGCUAUAAUAUUAAAUUGUUUAUUGCACUAUUAUAUACCAUAAUAUGUUUCAUGCACAUAAUUACUGUUUUAAUAAACUAUUAAUCAAUCUCUAAUUACAAUACAUUACAACGAAAGUAUACAUUAGUUUCUUGUCAACAAAAAUCACAUACACAAGUUAUCUCCCAUGAAUCUCCGAUUUGGGCACAAAUCAGCGAGGCUUCUUAAAUUCAACCAAAUUGUUAUAUUGUGUUUCCACAGUCAACAUUUUUGGGGUUAUUGGCUGUUAUUUUGGAGUUAUUGGGUAAUUCGACGCAAAUUGUUAUUAUGUGUUAUUUUGGAGUUCGGCCUAUUGGGUAAUACGACGCGCCCUACGUUAUCAUAAUCAUAUGAUGCAUAUAUUAUUUGAAAUGAAUUCCGGUAGUCUUUCAGAUAAAUUCACCUACAGCGCCUUUACCUGGCCUGUGGAGAGAUCAAAAUGUAUUAUACAUUUAAAAUAAGUGAUUUUUGUGGGAGGAAUCAGGGAUUUUAGAAGUGAAUUCAGGUGAUUGUAAAUGAAUUCCGGUGAAUUCCGGUGAUUAGUCUACCCGCUAUAAUGUACUAAAUACUUAAGCCCGUAUUUUCGAAAGUGGAUUAGUGCUAAUCAUAGAUUUAAUCUCUGAUUUUCUGACCAGGUAUAUUCUGAAAAGCUGAUUAAAUUUUCAUGUGGACGUAUAUUGUCGUCGCCCCUGUCCGUCCGUCCACAAUUGUUUGUGAACAGUCUACAGGUCACAAUUUUUAUCCGAUUCAAUGAAACUUGAAAUAUAGGUUUAUCACCCUAAGAUCUCGGUUCCUUUCGAUAUUGGCAUAUAUUGGACCGUAACUUUAUGGAUUAUGGCCCCUGAUUGUACGAAAAAUCACGUUUUUAGCUUGUGAACACUGUAGAGGUCACAAUUUUUAUCCGAUUUAGUUUAAACUUGAAAUUUAUGAAUAUAACCCAAAGAUCUCGGUUCCUUUCGAUAUUCGCGCAUAUCGGACCGUAACUUCCUGAAUUAUGGCCCCUGAUUGUACGAAAAAUCGCGUUUUUAGCUUGUGGACCCUAUAGAGGUCAUAAUUUUUAUCCGAUUUAAAAAACAGCAUUAUUAUAUCACCGUUAAACCCUAAGGACGGCUGAGUUCGAAUUUCGUGAAAAUCGGCCCAAAACUGACAGACAAAAUGGUCGCCCUUCGUUCUCAAAUAGCGUAAAAAUAUGGUAUUUCAAGGUUGUGGAUCCCAAAGAGGUCACAAUUUUUUAUCCGAUUUUGUUGAAACUUGAAAUGUAAGUUUAUAACCCAAAGAUCUCGGUUUUUUUGUAAGUUCCUGAAUUAUGGCCCCUGAUUAUAUAAAAAAUCACUUUCUUUUUAACUUGUUCUCUAUCCAUCUCUCGAAAAUGUGGGCGUAUCCUGCCUGGCAGCCGCUGGUUAUAAACUUUGAUUAGCCUAAUCAGUGAGUAAAUCAUUGUUCGAGAAUACCAUAAAAUGUGGUAUUCUCGAACGUUGACUUGUACUUAAUCAUUGACUAAAUCACCCCAAUAUUUAGUCAUCCCAGGGGGGUUGUUUAAGGAUGGAUUAAGUACAUGGAUAUGCAAUUACAACGUAUUGAAUGUUAUAGAAAUGAUUAUUUUUCAUUGAAUUCAGACACACUGCACUUAUAUUUUGCCACGAAAGCAAAAAAAUCACAUUCACUGUAAAUUCUGGUGAAAAAGAUUUUUUAAAUAUUCAACAUUCUCUAAAAUAUAAAACAUAAAUAAUUAUGUGUACUUUAGUCAAAAUGAAUACACUACAAAAUACAAAUAAUUUUUAGAAGUGUCAAAGAACCUUUUAACAAAAGGAAUUGCAUAGACGGAGAAAAUCAACCUCUUAUCACAAAAGGGAACCCACAGCAGCUAAGUCGUCCGAGCAGUCAACAAGGGUUGUCACAUAUUUUUUUUUCUUUGGUCAGUAAUGAAAACAUUUACGACUCUAAAAUCUGAGGACGAGUAACAACCCAUUAAGUAAUUAUCAGAAAUCAGUAGAAUUUGUUUGGUUUCUAGUUCUGCCCUCUACGAACGUUUACUAUACAAACCAUUUAGUAUCAAGGGCCAUAAUUCUGGAAGUAAUUAUCGGAAAGCAUUGACAAUCAAUACAUCCCCUCCUCUCAUGAAGUUAAACACUGUGUAUCAAUUUCAAGUCAAUGGGAUAUUAACUUUAGAGCAUCCACAAGAUUUUUCAAAGUGAUCAAGGGCCAUAACUAUGGCAGUAAUUAUCGGAAAUCGUUGGAAAUCAAUAUAGGCUGCCCAAUCUCAUGACCCUAAACACUGUAUAUAAAUCUAAAGUCAACCGGAUACCAACAUUAGUCUCUAGAACGUCCACAAGAUUUUUCAAUGUGAUCAAGGGUCAUAACACUGGCAAUAAUUAUCGGAUAUCUCUGGAAAUCAAUAACCUUACACACUGUGUAUAAAAUUAAAGUCAAUUAGAUAUUAACUUUAGCCUCUAGAGCGUCCACAAGAUUUUUCAAAGUGAUCAAGGGCCAUAAUGCAGGCAGUAAUUAUCGGAAAUCGUUGAAAAUCAUGACCCUAAACACUGUGUAUAAAUCUAUAACCAAUCGGAUAUUAACUUUAGCUUUCAAAGUGAUCAAAGGUAAUAACUCUAGUAGUAAAGAUCAGAAAUCAAUAGGCUCCUCCGUCUCGUGGCCUUAAAUACUGUGUAUAAAUUUAAAGUCAAUCGGAUAUAACCUUUAGCCUAUGGAGCGUCCAUAGGAUUUUUCAAUGUGAUCAAGGGCCAUAACUCUGGAGGUAAUUAUCGGAAAUUGUUGAAAAUCAAUAGACUUUUGUGUCUCAUGACCUUAAACACUGUGUAUAAAUUUCAAGCCUAGUACUGAAUACAUGAAAGAACCAAUAGAAAUAUUGAAGCAUAGUAAUAGUAUACAAAGUAGAAAAGUCAAACGUUUCUUUUGAUUUAGCAUAGUCUUUAUGGGUGUUUUUCAAGGUGUCCACAAUGGCUUUCUUUUUAUACGCCCACAUUUUCAUGUGGACGUAUUAUGCCGUCGCUCCUGUCUGUCUGUCCGUCCGUCCGUCCGUCCGUCCACAAUUUGUUUGUGGACACUCUACAGGUCACAAUUCUUAUCCGAUUUUAACGAAACUUGAAAUAUAGGUGUAUCUCCAAAAGAUCUCGGCUGCUUUCGAUAUUGGCAUGUAUCGGAUCGAAACUUCAUGGAUUAUGGACCCUGUUUGUACGAAAAAUCACAUUUUUGGUCUGUGGACCCUAUAGAGGUCACAAUUUUUAUCCGAUUUUGUUGAAUCUUGAAAUGUAAGUUUAUAACCCAAAGAUCUUGGUUCCUUUCUAAAAUCGCGCUUAUCGGACCGUAACUUCCUGAAUUAUGGCCCCUGAUUGUACGAAAAAUCGCGUUUUUAGAUUGUGGACCCUAUAGAGGUCAUAAUUUUUAUCCGAUUUAAAAAACCGUAUUAUUAUAUCACCGUUACACCAUAAGGACGACUGAGUUCGAAUUUCGAGAAAAUCGGCCUACAAUUGACAGACAAAAUGGCCGCCGUUCGUUCUCAAAUAGCGUAAAAAUAUGGUAUAUCAAGGUUGUGGACCCUAUAGAGGUCACAAUUUUUAUCCGAUUUUGUUGAAACUUGAAAUGUAAGUUUAUAACCCAAAGAUCUCGGUUCCUUCCGAUACUCGCACAUAUUGGACCGUAACUUCCUGAAUUAUGGCCCCUGAUUGUACGAAAAAUCGCGUUUUUAGCUUGUGGACCCUAUAGAGGUCAAAAUUUUUAUCCGAUUUAAAAAAACGUAUUAUUAUAUCACCGUUACACCCUAAGGACGACUGAGUUCGAAUUUCGUGACAAUCGGCCCAAAAUUGACAGACAAAAUGGCCGCCAUUCGUUCUCAAAUAGCGUAAAAAUAUGGUAUAUCACGUUUUUAGCUUGUGGACCCUAUAGGGGUCACAAUUUUUAUCCGAUUUUGUUGAAACUUGAAAUGUAAGUUUAUAACCCAAAGAUCUUGGUUCCUUUCGAUAUUUGUGCAUAUCGGACCGUAACUUCCUGAAUUAUGACCCCUGAUUGUACGAAAAAUCGCAUUUUUAGCUUGUGGACCCUAUAGAGGUCAUAAUUUUUAUCCGAUUUAAAAAAACGUAUUAUUAUAUCACCGUUACACCCUAAGGACGGCUGAGUUCAAAUUUCGUGAAAAUCGGCCCAAAAUUGACAGACAAAAUGGCCGUCGUUCGUUCUAAAAUAGCGUAAAAAUAUGGUAUAUCAAGGUUGUGGACCCUAUAGAGGUCAAAAUUUUUAUCCGAUUUUGUUGAAACUUGAAAUGUAAGUUUAUAACCCAAAGAUUUUGGUUCCUUUCGAUAUUUGCGCAUAUCGAAUUGUAAUUUCCUGAAUUAUGGCCCUUGAUUGUAGGAAAAAUCACUUUCUUUUUAGCUUGUUCUCUAUCCAUCUCUCGAAAAUGUGGGCGUAUUCUGCCUGGCAGCCGCUGGUUGUCAAUAAAAAAGAAAUUGUUAUAUUCUUAGUUAUAGCUGUUCAAGCAAUGUUUCCGAUGUAAGAGAUUUAAGAAACGAAAGACAGUCGAGUUCUUUGAAACUUGAUAAAUGUAAAUCAAUGUUUCACAUUUUUAUACAAUAAUUUAUGUUGCUAAAUGACAUUUUAUAUGCUUGGCACUCAGUUCAACAGUUGUAUAUAGAAAAAAUGCAUACUUCUUGUGUCUCAAUAGUCAAGCAACUCGUAAAACUUUGUUAUAAAUAAUAAUGAAUAAAAAUCGCCCAUAUACGAAGAAAACCAAAAUCCCACUAAAAUUUGGGAAAGUGUGCCAGUGUAGUAUUAUUAAAAGCGGAUAAAUAAAUUAAUAAUACAGAUAUAGCAAGUUUAUGCACAAUAGACAAUUAGUGAUAAUUUUGGAUUUUAAUAGAAAAGAGGUGGCAUAAAAUUAAUUGCAUCAGGAGAAUAUAUGGGACUUUGAUAUUAGCAACAGAAAUUCAUAAUUCGAUUACUAAAAGGGAGCCACGGUGAUGCGGGAUGCAUGGGACCACGUUGAGUCGUUUAGAUUGGAUAACAAACCUAAGUACCAUGUACACAUUGAGGUGCACGUAAAAUAACCCUUGGCUGUUAGAAUUUGGUAUAACUGUGAGUCGUAGUUUUGCUGUCCAGGCGAAAUUGCCUUCAUAGCACACUGUAUGGCGUAUGUUCGUCUCCCUUAACCAAGUUGGAGCUGAACAGUAACCCCCAUUUCAUUUCAUUUCGAAUACUAAACAUAUCCGAACUCCAUUUUAAUUGCCUUUUUUUUUCACACAUUUUAUUUCUUUCCUGUCCACCCAUAUGAACCUCUUUGACUUUGCAGACCCUAAAAAUAUAUUCACGGACCCUAGGAUGUGAAAAACUGUUCUAAAACAUGUACUUUUCUAAUCUACUUCCUCUAAUCUACUUCCUGUAAUUGGGCCCCUUUAUCAAUGACAAAAGCCUUUUUAUGCGCCCACAUUGAAAUGUGGACGUAUAUUGCCGUCACCCCCGUCCGUCGUCCACAAUUUCUUGUGAACGCUCUAACGCCAAAAGUUAUCAUCCAAUUGUUUUAAAAUUGAUAUAUGUUGUUUAAAUUAGUGAGAUGAAGAAGCCUAUUUAAUUUCAAUAGUUUCUGUUUAUUAUUUCUAGAGUUAUGGCCCUUGUUUCACUUUAUUGAACCUUGUGAAUGCUCUAACGCCAAAAGUUAUCAUCCGAUAUUUCUGAAAUUUAUAUGCAUUAUUUAGAUUACUGAAACAAAGAAUCCUGUUGAAUUUCAGCAAUUUCCGUUUAUUACGUCUAGAGUUAUGGCCCUUGUUUCACUUUAUUGAUCCUUGUGAACGCUCUAAUGCCAAAAGUUAUCACCCGAUCUUUGUGAAAUUUAUAUGCAUGAUUUAAAUUAGUGAAAUGAAAAAGCCUAUUGAAUUUCAGCAAUUUACAAUAAUUACUUCUAGAGUUAUUGCCCUUGUUUCAUUUUGUUAAACCUUGUUAAUGCUCGAUUGAUGAAAGUUAUCAUCCGAUAUGUAUGAAAUUUAUAUGCAUUAUUUAAAUUAGUAAAACGAAAAAGCCUGUCAAAUUUCAACAAUUUCUGUAGAUUACUUCCAGAGUUGAGACCCUUGUUUCAGUUUUUAGAACCUUGUAAACCCUCAAACGACAAAAUUUGUAAUCUGAUCUGUAUGGAACUGUCUUGUAAAGGCACCCAAUUACCUACAAAGGAAUAAAAAUGCGACAACCCUUGUCGACCGCUCGGAAGAUAUAGCUGCUGUGGGCGUAUGUUUUGUUGCCUGGCAACCUAUCUUUAAUCACUGAUUAUAUUUAAUCAUUGAUUAAAUGUUUAAUUAUAAUCAAAGUUUAAACAUGAAUUUUAAUCGUUGAUUACAAAAAAUUAAAGUCAAAGAUUAGCUAAUCUGACUUUUGAGAAUACCAAACUUAGUCAACCACUAAUCUCUAACCAGCUAGUUACUGAUUAGACCUAAUCACAGAUUAUUUUAGACACUGUUCGAAAAUAUGGGCCUUAAUGUCUCUAGAUUUAUGGGGGGUUGAAUGGCCGAAUGGUUAGCGCGUCUGCGUUGUAUCAUAUGGUCUGUCAUUGAGUCAACUAUAGCGUGGUUUCAAUAGCUGGUUGUUCGUGACAAGUAGUAGGGUCGCCUGUCCAACUAGUAAAUGGGGUCCUAAUUUAAAGAGCAUAUAAAACUAGCACAUAAGAUGUGCAUGAGGUCAGUUUGGACUAUACCACUUCCACACAAAUAGACACAGAGAAAACAAGUAUCACAACACCCAAAUGUGAUCAAGAGAAAUUUAUUAUGUAAAUAAAUAUAUGUAAAAGUUAAA